AUGUCAGUAGAACCAUUUGGUAAACACGUCACCAUUGUUGUCUUUGGAGCCUCUGGUGACUUGGCUAAGAAGAAGACAUUCCCAGCUUUAUUUGGAUUGUUCCGUGAAGGAGAAUUGCCAUCAACAAUUAAGGUGAUUGGGUAUGCAAGAUCAAAGUUGUCCGAUGCUGAGUUUAAGGAGAGAAUCUCUGCCAAUUUCAAGAACGUUAAGGAUAGCAACAAACACAAGGUUGACGAAUUCUUAAACUUAUGUUCUUACAUUCAAGGUCCUUAUGACACUGAAGAAGGGUACAAGAAGUUGAAUGAGGAGAUGGAAAAGUAUGAAAAAGAAUCCGGUGUCGAAAAGCCGGAAAGAUUGUUCUACUUAGCAUUGCCUCCAUCAGUUUUUGUUACUGUUGCAAGUCACAUAAAGGAACAUGCUUACACCAAGACUGGUGAGGUCAGAUUAAUUGUCGAAAAGCCAUUUGGUAAUGACUUAGAAUCUUCUAGGAAAUUGCAAGAGAGCUUGGCCCCAUUGUUUACUGAAGAAGAAUUGUAUAGAAUUGACCACUACUUAGGAAAAGAAAUGGUUAAGAACUUGGUAUUUUUAAGAUUUAGUAACGAAUUCCUUAGUGCUUCGUGGAACAAAAACCACAUCAGAUCCAUUCAAAUUUCCUUCAAAGAAGCUUUCGGUACUGAAGGUAGAGGUGGUUAUUUCGAUGACAUCGGAAUUGUUAGAGAUGUCAUGCAAAACCAUUUAUUACAAGUAUUGACUUUAUUAACCAUGGAAAGACCAGUUUCUAUUGAUCCUGAAGCUAUCAGAGAUGAAAAGGUCAAGGUUUUAAAGGCCUUUGGUGAACUUAAAACAGACGACAUUUUGUUGGGACAAUAUACCAAGUCAGAAGAUGGUUCUAAACCAGGUUACUUAGAUGAUGAUACUGUCAAAAACGACUCAAAGUGUGUUACAUAUGCCGCACUCGGUAUGCAAAUCCACAACGAAAGAUGGGAAGGUGUUCCAAUUGUUAUGAGAGCUGGUAAAGCUUUGAAAGAAUCUAAAGUUGAAAUUAGAAUUCAAUUCAAGGAAGUUGCUAAGGGUAUGUUCAAUGACAUUCAAAGAAAUGAAUUAGUCAUGAGAAUUCAACCAAGUGAAGCUGUCUAUAUGAAAAUCAACUCUAAGAUUCCAGGUAUUUCUGCUGUUCCUUCUGUUACUGACUUGGAUUUAACAUACUCAUCUAGAUACUCUAAAGACUUUUGGAUUCCAGAAGCUUAUGAAUCGUUAAUUAGAGACUGUUACUUAGGCAACCAUGCUAAUUUUGUCAGAGAUGAUGAAUUAGAUCUUUCUUGGAAGUUAUUCACACCAUUAUUAAAGCAUAUUGAAUCCAAGGAUGGCCCAACCCCAGAACCAUAUGCUUACGGUUCUAACGGUCCAAAGAACUUAAGACCUUUCUUAUCAGCACACGGUUAUAAUUUCUAUGAUGAAGGCACUUAUGAAUGGCCUUUGACCACACCAAAUGUUAAGGGUAAAAUGUAA